CCACCGAUGCCGUCGUCGUCUGCGAUCGUCGCGUUCGUCGGCGCAGACGAGCCGAGCCGAGCGCUCGCCGCCUCUUUCCUCCGCUCCGGCGCGAUCGUCCGCCUCUACAUCGACCCCCAGGCGGAUGGAUCGGCGGCGGCAACGGCGCUUGCGGAGCUGGGCGGCGCCGUCCGAUGCGGGAGCCCCGCUGAAGCCGCGCGAGAUGCGGCGCUCGUCAUUGUGCUCAGCGACGCCGAUGCGGUAGAUGAGUUGUUCUUUGGGGCUCAGGGUAUUGUGAAAGGAUUGUGCGCAGGGGCUCUUGUGUUGAUUCGGUCGACGUUGGUGCCUAGUCGUCUUGACAAGUUGGAGCAGAGGCUUGCAGAUGAGAAGAAAGAUACCCUUCUUCUUGACGGUUACCUUUUUAGUGGUUUAUCUGACGAACUGAAUCAUAAUACUGUUGUCGUUGCAUCUGGGAGAAAGGAUGUAGCAGAAAGAGCUGGUCAACUCUUCUCUGGUCUUGAAAAAACCAUUUACUUUGUCGAAGGUGAAUUGGGCAGCAGCAGCAAAAUGAGGCUGGUUAAUGAUUUGCUGGAAAGCAUUCAUUUUGUUGCUUCUAUUGAAGCAAUGUUUCUUGGUGUUCGAGCUGGGAUCCAUCCAUCAAUUAUCUAUGACAUAAUAUCAAAUGCUGCAGGAAGCUCAAGGAUAUUUGUGGAGGUGGUUCCAAAACUUCUGAGUGAAGAUCCUGUGCUUACUGAUUCUCUGAAGUCAGUAAAGAAACAUGCAAGCUACGUGAUGGAUAUGGCUAAAGCAGUAACAUUCCCUGUGCCACUUCUAUCCGUUGCCUAUCAACAAUUAAUACAUGGUUCGUCAGCAGUAAUUGGAGGUGAAUCUGCUUCACCGUUGAAGGUUUGGGAACAAUUAUUUGGAGUAAACAUCAUAGAUGCUGCCAAUAAACAAAUCUAUGACGCGAGCAAAUUAGCUGAUCAGCUUGUUAUGGCCUCUAAAGAAGUAAAGAGAGUUGGCUUUAUUGGUCUUGGAGCUAUGGGCUUUGGAAUGGCAUCUCAUUUGCUAAAAUCAGGGUUCUCUGUAACUGCUUAUGAUGUGUACAAGCCAACAAUGGCCAGAUUUGCUGAUUUAGGUGGAUUGACUAAAGAUUCUCCUGAGCAAGUAUCAAAAGAUGUGGAAAUACUUAUUAUCAUGGUUGCAAAUGAAGUUCAAGCUGAAAGUGUUCUGUAUGGAAAUGCUGGUGCUGUGCCAGCAUUGUCAGCGGGAACAUCCGUUAUUCUGUCUUCUACAGUUUCUCCUGGAUUUGUGACUCAACUCAAGAAAAGAUUGGAAGCCGAAAGUCGAGAGAUAAAGUUGGUUGAUGCUCCAGUAUCUGGUGGUGUCAAGAGGGCAGCAGAUGGGACCCUAACUGUAAUGGCUUCGGGAACAGAUGAAGCUCUGUAUUCUGCUGGUAGAGUUUUGUCAGCACUAAGCGAGAAGCUAUAUGUCAUCAAAGGAGGAUGUGGAGCUUCGAGUUCUGUUAAAAUGGUCAACCAACUUCUUGCUGGGGUCCAUAUAGCCUCAGCAGCUGAAGCAAUGGCAUUUGGUGCUCGACUAAAUUUGCGAACAAGAAGAGUUUUCGAAAUUAUUCAACAUGCAAGAGGUUACUCGUGGAUGUUUGGAAAUCGUGUGCCGCACAUGAUUGAUAAUGAUUACACACCUUAUUCUGCAGUGGACAUAUUCGUCAAGGAUCUUGGUAUAGUAUCUCGUGAAAGCUCCAGCUUGGGGAUCCCAUUGCAUGUCUCUAGUGUUGCUCAUCAACUGUUUGUUUCAGGUUCUUCUUCUGGGUGGGGUCGGUGUGAUGAUGCUGCUGUUGUCAAGGUCUAUGAGACAUUGACUGGAGUAAAAGUAGAAGCAAGGCCACCCAUGCUUGAUAAAGACGAUGUCCUGCGUUCUCUUCCUGCUGAGUGGCCUGAAGUUCCAAUGGAUGAUCUUGUUUCCUCUGCAUCUCAUGAUAGCAAAAAAGUUCUUGUAGUUUUAGAUGAUGAUCCAACUGGAACUCAAACAGUUCAUGAUAUAGAGGUCUUGACUGAAUGGCCUGUUGAAGCCCUCACAGAGCAGUUUCUGAAACUGCCAACUUGCUUUUUUAUUUUGACAAACUCUCGGUCAAUGAUUGCUGAUAAGGCCGCACUACUAGUAAAAGAUAUUUGCAAAAAUCUUGAAGCUGCAGCAAAGACUGUCCCUGGUAUUAGCUAUACAGUGGUCUUGAGAGGCGAUUCCACUCUACGUGGCCAUUUCCCAGAGGAAGCUGAUGCAGUUGUUUCAGUAUUAGGUGACAUGGAUGCUUGGAUAAUCUGUCCCUUCUUUCUUCAAGGUGGGCGGUACACUAUUGAUGACAUUCAUUAUGUUGCAGAAUCUGACAGAUUGAUUCCUGCUGGAGAGACUGAGUUCGCCAAGGAUGCAUCUUUUGGCUAUACAUCUUCCGAUCUCAAACAGUGGGUUGAAGAAAAAACUAGAGGAAGGAUUUCAGCAAACCAAGUUUCGACAAUUUCCAUAAGUCUUCUGCGUAAAGAAGGACCAAAUGCAGUCUGCCAGCAUCUCUGUAGGUUGGAGAAGGGCUCUGUGUGUAUUGUCAAUGCUGCUAGUGAGAGGGACAUGAAUGUCUUUGCUGCUGGAAUGAUCCAGGCUGAAUUGCAAGGAAAGCGAUUUCUAUGCCGCACAGCUGCAAGUUUUGUGAGUGCUAGAAUUGGGAUUGAGCCAAAGCCACCGAUUCGCCCAAAUGACCUUGGGUUAAAAAGAACUUUAGCUGGAGGUCUCAUAGUUGUUGGUUCUUAUGUGCCAAAAACUACGAAGCAGGUUGAUGAGCUUCGCUCACAAUGCACGCAAUCCCUUCUAGUGAUAGAGGUGUCUGUUGAGAUGGUCUCACUGAAAUCAACUGAGGACAGAGACCAAGAAAUCAGCAGAGUUGUUGAAUUAGGAAAUGCUUACAUACAGUCCAGGAGAGACACUCUAGUCGUCACCAGCCGCCAACUCAUUACCGGAAAAACUCCUGAAGAAAGUUUAGAAAUUAAUUACAAAGUGAGCUCAGCACUAGUAGAGAUUGUGAGAAGAAUUGAUACACGACCCCGUUACAUCCUUGCAAAGGGAGGAAUCACUUCGUCUGAUCUUGCUACGAAAGCUUUGGAAGCUCGCCGUGCCAAAGUAAUGGGACAAGCUUUAGCUGGUGUACCGUUGUGGCAGCUUGGCCCUGAGAGUAGACAUCCUGGUGUCCCUUACAUCGUUUUCCCUGGUAAUGUUGGCGAUAACAGUGCUCUGGCAAAAGUGGUCCAGAAUUGGGCUUGCCCUUCUAGAAGUUCAACAAAAGAACUUCUCCUUAACGCGGAGAAGAGUGGAUACGCAGUUGGUGCUUUCAAUGUAUAUAACCUUGAGGGAAUUGAAGCUGUCAUUGCAGCUGCAGAGGCUGAAGAAAGUCCUGCUAUUCUUCAGGUUCAUCCCAGUGCCCUGAAGCAAGGUGGAGUUCCAUUGGUAGCAUGCUGCAUUGCUGCAGCAGAACAAGCCAGUGUACCUAUCACCGUUCACUAUGAUCACGGGACUUCCAAGCAAGAUUUGCUUGAAGCUCUUGAGAUGGGAUUUGACUCAAUCAUGGUGGAUGGUUCCCACCUAUCUUUGGGGGAGAACAUCCUAUACACAAAGAACAUAUCUUCAUUGGCUCAUGCAAAAGGCAUACUUGUGGAAGCUGAACUUGGGAGACUAUCAGGAACUGAAGACGGCCUGACAGUGGAAGAAUAUGAAGCAAGAUUUACUGAUAUUGCUCAGGCUGAGCAAUUCAUUGAUGAAACUGGUAUUGAUGCAUUAGCAGUAUGCAUUGGAAAUGUUCAUGGAAAAUAUCCUCCCAGUGGACCAAACCUCAGACUUGACUUGCUAAAGGAUCUUCGUGAGUUAACCAUGAAGAAAGGAGUUAGUUUGGUUCUCCAUGGAGCAUCUGGCCUCCCACAUGAACUUGUAAAGGAGUGCAUAGGUUUGGGUGUGAGGAAAUUCAACGUGAACACAGAGGUCCGCAACAGUUACCUGGAGUCCCUCAAGAAGCCAGAAAAGGACCUGGUUCAGGUCAUGGCGUCUGCUAAGGAGGCAAUGAAAGCUGUCGUAGCAGAGAAAAUACGCCUCUUCGGGUCUGCAGGGAAAGCCUGAAAGCAGCGCCACCGUCAAAACUGAAGCUAGCAAGGCUCCACCAUCAGGGUUGCGUGGCUACUCUAUCGGGUCAGCGAUCCUGCCGAGCCUGUGAUGCCGGACUGCCCGAACUAGUUUCGCAAUAGAAACAUGAUGCACUUCCUUAUUAUUAAAGAAUAAUAAAAUAAUAUCGCAGUGGUUGCAGUGGAGCCCUUGAUCUGAACCCUGCUGUGUGUCGGUCACGAUUUCUUUAUAAUGUUUACUAUGAAUUCAUGACCGUGAUCAGUAUUGGCUUUUAUACAAGUAGUUCUUGUUGAUCGUAGUUUUUCUGGA